UCGAGCUCGCACCACAAGAGUUACCUCUAGCUAGUCGCGUCACAUCAAAGCCGAAGAAGCAAUGGCCGCCUUCGCCACCAGGUCGGCGGCCUUCCUCGGCCUCGCCGCCGUGCUCUGUGUCCUCGCCGGCGAGGCGAGCGCGCAGCAGCUCUCGCCCAGCUUCUACUCGAGGUCUUGCCCCAACCUGGCGUCCAUCGUGCGGUCGGGGAUGACCUCCGCGUUGCAGACGGAGAGGCGGAUGGGCGCGUCCAUCCUCCGCCUCUUCUUCCACGACUGCUUCGUCAAUGGGUGUGACGGCUCCAUUCUGCUUGACGACACGUCGACGUUCACCGGCGAGAAGAACGCCGGGCCGAACGCCAACUCGGCCCGCGGGUUCGAGGUGAUCGACGCCCUCAAGACCCAGGUCGAGGCCGCGUGCAGGGCCACCGUCUCCUGCGCCGACAUCCUCGCGCUCGCCGCCCGUGACGGAGUCAACCUGCUCGGAGGUCCCACCUGGAGCGUGCCGCUGGGGCGCAAGGACUCGCGCACGGCGAGUCAGAGCGCGGCCAACGCGAACCUGCCGGGGCCCGGCUCCAGCCUCGCCACGCUCAUCACCAUGUUCGGCAACAAGAACCUGUCGCCGCGGGACAUGACGGCGCUCUCCGGCGCGCACACCAUCGGGCGGUCGCAGUGCCAGUUCUUUCGCAACCGCAUCUACAACGAGCGCAACAUCAACGCCAGCUUCGCGGCGCUGCGGCAGCGGACGUGCCCGCGGUCCGGCGGCAACGGCAACCUCGCGCCCUUCGACGUGCAGACCGCCGACGGGUUCGACAACGCAUACUACCAGAACCUGGUGGGGCAGCGCGGCCUCCUGCACUCGGACCAGGAGCUCUUCAACGGCGGGUCGCAGGAUGCGCUGGUGAGGCAGUACAGCAACAGCCCCAGCCAGUUCUCCGCCGACUUCGUCACGGCCAUGCUUAAGAUGGGCGGCCUGCUGCCGUCGUCCGGGACGCAGACGGAGGUCAGGUUGAACUGCAGGAGACCCAACUAAAUAGUACACGUAACAAGUGUGCUAAAUAAUGAUUGAUGCCUUGGAAAACCAGGCAUUGGUCAGGUUCACGUAUGUAUGUGUUAAUGUGUAUGUAUGAAGAAGAACACCAAAUGUACAAACGCUCGUUUGCUCAAUCCGGGGCGAACGUGCAAACUACAAAGUAUCAAAAUGUACGUUGGUCGUAAAAGUGUAUCAUCAUCAACAUCAUCAAUACAGAAUAAUGGGAUGGUGCAAUCAUCAUAACUAAAGAAAA